CCGGUUGAGCGGCGGGAGGGGGGCGGCGGGAGCGGCGGCGGCGGCGGCGGGGACCGAGCGGGGUCCCCAUGGAGCUGCUUCGGAAAUGGCUCGGCCACCCCGAGGACAUCUACAACCUGCUGCGGUUCAAGAUGGGCGGCUACCGCGUCGUCAUGCCGCGGAUGGACCCGGACUCGCUGGGAUGUGGCCUCCGCACCUGCUACCGGUACCUAAACCAGACCAGCCGUAGCUUCGCCGCCGUCAUCCAGGCUCUGGAUGGAGAGCUGCGACAUGCUGUCUGUAUAUUCUACCUGGUGCUCCGUGCCCUGGACACUGUAGAGGAUGACAUGAGCAUCCCCUUGGAUGUGAAGGUCCCAAUGCUGCAGGAGUUCCACUCCUACCUCUACCAGCCAGAGUGGAAAUACAUGGAGAGCAAGGAGAAGGACCGGCAGGUGCUGGAAGAUUUCCCAACGAUCUCCAUGGAGUUCAGGAACCUGUCAAAAGUCUACCAGGAUGUGAUUUCAGAUAUUUGCCACAAAAUGGGUGUUGGAAUGGCGGAGUUCUUGGAGAAAAAAGUGGACUCUCAACAUGAAUGGGAUAAGUAUUGUCACUACGUUGCUGGGCUGGUGGGGAUCGGCCUUUCCCGUCUCUUCUCUGCAUCAGAGCUGGAAGAUUCUAUUGUGGGGCAGGACACAGAGCUGGCAAACUCCAUGGGCCUCUUCCUGCAGAAAACCAACAUCAUCCGUGACUACCUGGAGGACCAGAUGGAAGGAAGGGAGUUCUGGCCCAGAGAGGUUUGGAGCAGAUACGCACAGAAGCUCUCGGACCUCGCCAAGCCGGAGAACAUCGAGAUGGCCGUGCAGUGUCUGAACGAGCUCAUCACCAACGCCCUCCACCACGUCCCCGACGUCCUCACCUACUUGUCCCGCCUGAAAAACCAAAGUGUCUUCAACUUCUGCGCCAUCCCCCAGGUGAUGGCCAUUGCCACGCUGGCUGCCUGCUACAACAACAAGCAGGUGUUCAGGGGCGUGGUGAAGAUUCGGAAGGGACAAGCCGUCACCCUCAUGAUGGAUGCCACCAACAUACAAGCUGUCAAAGCCAUCAUGUACCAGUAUGUGGAAGAGAUCUACCAGAAGAUCCCAAGCACCGACCCCUCCUCCAACAAGACGCAGCAGGUCAUCGCCUCCAUCCGCGCCAUGAGCCUGCCCGGCAGCUCCAUGGCAUCCCGGCACCACUACUCCCCCAUCUACCUGUCCUGUGCCAUGCUCCUGGCAGCCCUGAGCUGGCAGUACCUCAGCACCCUCUCCAAGGCCACCGAGGAGAUGAUUUGAAAUAGAAACUCCAGUUGCUUGUUUUCUUCCUUGAGAUUUGAGGCAUCUUUUCCAGCUCAGAGCUGAGCAAAACCCUGAGGGUUUUGCCUCCCUUUCUUAGGCAGCCUCUUCCCCAUUGCCUCCUGUGCCUGCCCCUUUCUGGAAGGAUGCUGCUUCAGCUGGGAGAGGAACACGCUUUCUUAUCCAGGGAAAAAGCUCUGGCCACCUUCUGGCCCUCAGCCCAGCCUGGUUGACAUCCUGCAGCCUGGAAACAGGCAGAGGCAGAGGCUAUUUCUGUUGU